GAUUUACGCGCGAUUUGGGCGAUAAUUGGCCCCGCUGCCGCUAGUUGCUAAAUAUCAAUAACGAGGUACACACGCUAAUUUAACUAGCUAACUUUAUUAUUACUUGAUAACCUAUUUAAGCUUGCAAUAGUCUUGGAAGUUCAGGUCUUUGUACAUUAAGUCAAUUAAUUGUAAAUUCAAGAUCUGAAAUGAAGACAAUUGAAUUAUCUCAAUUGGUUAAUCCUCCAGUAUUAAAUGAACCAGUGAAUGAAAAUAUUCCAAUUCAUUUAGUGUAUGGAGAUUUAAUUCCAAAGGAUAUAAACGAAAUAGAUAAUUUAGAUAAAGAAAUUGAUGAUUGGGUCAAUGAUUUUAAUGAGGCCAUAGAUAUCGUGCUGGAAAAUACAUCGGGUAAAGAUACUUUAAGUACUUUAUUAGUAAACCAUGCUACUUGGAAAGAUCAUUUGGCAUUAACUUGGGAUUUCCAUCAAUUUCAUGGCAUAGAUAAUAUCAAUCAUGCCUUAAUCAAUCAAACCAAACCAUUUCACAUUACAAACUUUAAAUUGAACAAGGAAGUUGAUGAACUCUUUAAUAAUGGAUAUAAAAUUGAUACUUAUCAAUCGAAUAACCCACUUAUUAAGGUUAUCCUGGUUUUGAUAGAUGCUGAUAAUAAAUUUGGUAAAGUGACAGGUGUAUUUAGAUUAAUUUCAACUACAGAAGGUUUAAAAGCAUAUACCUUGUAUACAGUUUUGGAUAACAUUAAAGGGUUUGAAGAGAAGAAAUUUUCGAAUAGACCAAAAGGUGUUAAUCAUGGUAUUCAUAGAAUUAGAGAGCCUGGGUUAGCUUUGAAUAACAACAGGUUUAAAUGGGGUGGUGAUAAACAACCAACUGUGUUAAUCGUAGGAGGAGGUCAAAGUGGGUUGAAUUUAGCUUCUAGGUUAAAGGCGAUGGGUGUUUCUCAUUUGAUAGUUGAAAUGAAUCCUAAAAUUGGAGAUAAUUGGAGAAAUCGAUAUGAAUCUUUAGUCUUACAUGACCCAGUUUGGGCCAUUAAAUUACCUUAUAUGAAUUUCCCUGAUGUUUGGCCUCUUUUCACUCCUAAAGAUAAAUUAGGUGCUUGGUUUGAAUCAUAUGCCGAUUUAAUGGAAUUAAGUUACUGGACUAAUCAAACGGUUCAAAAGUCUAGUUUUGAUGAAAAGACCAAUUUAUGGAAAGUUAAAAUAUCAGACAAUGUCACUGGAAACGUAAUUGAUUUGUAUCCCAGCCAUUUAGUAAUGGCAACGGGUCAUUCGGGUGAACCAAACAUCCCAAUAUUUAAAGACAUAACCAAAUUUAAAGGUGAAAUAAUCCAUUCAUCCAAAUAUGAAACUGGAAAAGUAUUUGAAGGUAAGAAUGUUUUAGUGGUUGGCGGUUGUAAUUCAGGACUUGAUAUUUCUCAUGAUUUGUAUGAACAAGGUGCUCAAACUACUAUUCUUCAAAGAUCCAGUACUUGUGUAAUCUCGUCAGAGGUAGGGUUACUGUUAUUAAAUAAAGGAGCUUAUGAAGAAGGUGGACCAGCAGUGGAAUUGGCAGAUUUAGUGUCUCAUUCUCUUCCAAUUCAACUCCAAAAUCUUCUUUUGCAAAAAGUUUAUAGUGCUACAGUUGAAGCUGAUAGUGACCUAUAUGACUCAUUGAAGAAAUCUGGUUUCAAAUUGGACUCUGGUUUUGGUGGAACUGGACUAGUUGGAAAGUUUAUAAGAAAAGGUGGAGGGUUCUAUAUUGAUGUCGGGUGUGCAAAAUUAAUUGCUGAUGGUAAAAUCAAGAUAAGACAAGGUGUUGAAAUCGAGAGUUUUAAUGAAACUGGUGUUACGCUUACAGAUGGCACUAUCAUUGAUAACUUAUCAGCUAUAAUUCUAGCAACAGGCUACUCCAAUAUGAAGGAUAGUACAAAAGGUCUCGUUGAAUCUAACAUUUAUGACAAUUUAAACUCAGUUUGGGGAUUGGAUGAAGAAGGAGAAAUUAAAACAAUGUGGAGAGAUUCUGGUCACAAGUCUUUUUGGUUUAUGGGUGGAAACUUGGCCCUAUCAAGAUAUUUUUCCAAGUUAUUAGCUCUAAGGAUAAUUGCUUAUGAAAAUGGUUAUUUAGAUUAAUGAACGUUUGGAUUAGUUAAAUCACUCUCAAAAUUUUCAUGUAGAGAUCUAUAUUAGUUAAAGUAAUUCCAAUAUUGUUAUCAUCCCCAACUAACAACGUUGUUGAUUCUUAUAUCGAUACCCC